AUGGAGUCGAAGAAGACUUCAGAAGCUCAGACAGAGCUGAAGAUGGCCACAGAAGAGGUGGAACAGUCGCAGAUGAGCAAUUCAGGCAAAGACGCGGAAUCGGACCAGAUGGAUGACAAAGAGUUACAAAAACGACUUCGCAAAAUCUACUUGAAGGUCGAUUUACGGCUGAUCCCAAUUCUGGGAGCUCUCUAUGCUAUCAGUGGAAUUGACCGUAUCAAUCUAUCUUCCGCUCGUGUCGCGGGAAUGCACAAGGAUCUACGAUUCGACAUCGGCUCUCGGUACUCGAUUGUGCUGCUGGUCUUUUUCGUGACGUACUUUAUUUUCGAAAUUCCUAGCAAUAUUGCGCUGAGAAAGGUGGGCGCAGCUGUAUGGCUGUCGUUCCUUGCCAUGAGCUGGGGAAUUGUCAUCAUGUGUGCUGGCUUUGUGAAGUCAUGGGUGCCUCUGAUUGUAAUCAGACUGCUGUUGGGUCUAUUUGAAGCAGGUUUCUUUCCCGGUUGUAUGUACCUGAUCAGUUGCUGGUAUAGAAGAUACCAAGUGCAGCAACGAAUCGCGUGGUUUUACUGCAUCAAUGUCAUCGCCAACGGCUUCGGGUCGCUGCUGGCGUACGGGCUCUGGAAAAUGGAAGGCCUCGGCGGACUCCGAGGCUGGAGGUGGAUCUUCAUCAUGGAGGGCAUCAUCACCUGCGUGCUUGCCAUCCUGGGCUACAUCCUGAUCAUCGAUUUCCCGGACAAGGUGCUGCAGAAAAAGUCGUUUUUGACGGUCGAGGAGGUGGACCUGAUCAAGUCGCAGCUGGAGAAGGACCGAGGAGAUGCCGUGCACGACGAGUUCACGCUGAAGAAGGUGUUCAAGACGCUCGGCCGGUGGCAGCUCUGGAUCUACUCGCUUCUUUUCAUGUGCCUGGCCGUGGGCAUCUACGGCUACGCGUACUUCAUGAUCAUCAUCCUGCAAGGCAUGGGCUACUCGAUCGGGCGGGUGUUCCUGCUGUCGGCGCCGCCGGCCGUGGUCAGCGUGCCCUUCACGCUGAUCAUCUCGUACCUGGCAGAUCGCACCAAGAUGCGGGCGCCGUACGUGAUCUUCAACGCCGUCACGUGCACGAUCGGGUACGUCCUGGUGGCGUACCCGAAGCAGAACAGCGUGAGAUACUUUGGCUGUUUCCUGGGUCUGGCGGGCGCCAACGCGUCGCUGCCGGCCGUGCUCGCGUGGCAGGCCAACAACAUCCGCGGACAGAGCACGCGAGCGGUGGCAUCGGGCCUGCAAGUCGCGUUCGGAGCGGUGGGCGGCAUCUACGCGUCGCUGACGUUCAUGGAGAAGGAAGCGCCGCGGUACUUCAGCGGCCUGUGGGCGGGAAUUGCAUGCCAGCUGUUCAUGAUCGCGGCGAGCGUGGGGAUGACGGUGUACCACUACGUGCAGAACCGCAAGGCGGCGCGGGGGCAGAUUUUGAUCGAGGGGCUGGAGGGGUUCCGGUACACGUACUAG